AUGUCAAAACCAAACAGUGAUUCAUCCUACGGCUUUAAUUUGGAGACCUUAGGAUGCGGAGGAAAGAUCAAUAAACUGAUUUCAGCAUUUGAUUUCGGUUCCCGUCCGCCGCCUAUGGACAAGGACACAGAUGAUACGUAUGCUGCCCAAUGGGCUGCCAACGAGGAGAGAAAGAAAAGCUUCAGCAUAACUGACGCAUUUCAAUGUGAUCCAAGAACAUGUAUCCGCUCCAACGUUCGGGUAGCGACGAAGGGAGCUGAACCAUGUGAUCCAGAAGUUUGCCGACAAGUCUACUAUUGCGAGAUUUGUGCCAGGUGUCCUCGCCAUUGCGAUUGCACCGUAGAAAACGAUCCAAGUAUUUGUGAUAGUGCAGAAGCGAAGUCACAGGCUGAUUCCUUUAAAAUGCCAAAAGACAGUAGGUGA